AUGGUGGUUCCGUUUGAUUCGACGCCAACGCGGCGUGCACCGUGUGGCCAGGGCCUGGCGCUGGCGCUCCUCAACCUCGCCUUUGCGACUGUCGUCGCCGUGAGCACCUAUUACCUCAACUUGCUCGCGAACACGCACGUGGGCUUGGGCCUCAACGUCGAGACGUUUACGAGCAACCAGUUUAAUAUUCCCGUCAACGUCUUGCUCCAAGGCUCGGUGACCUUCCCGCUCGCAACGGCGUUGCCCUUAAAUGCGACGCUAUCGCUGAGCACGCUCUUGUACAAGAGCUGCAGCAAGAAGGACGUUGCGUGCGCGUCUGCGUUUCUUCCAGAGACCAACCAUCUCUGGAGUGCGGUCGCCAAGACGUUUGCUAACAUCUCCAAGUUUGAGCAGCCGCGCUUUCAGGACCCGACCCAAGUGAUCACGAUCCAGCACAUCAACAACCUCGCGGGGUGGAACAAGCCGACAGUGCAGUUUUCCAUUGACGGCCACGACAUGGCGAUUACGUGCAUGGUGCGCCGCGCGAGCUUUUACCUCGCGUCGUCCACUGCGUCGUCGGCCGUGAUCGACUCGAUUGCGUUUUGCUCGCAGCGCAAAUUUGAUCCGAAGUGGAUUUGUGAAAACCAAGUCGCGACCGACGCGCCCUCGCACGCGAUCCAAGUGAGCCGCGGAAAGGCCAGCUACCUUGGCGUGGCGCCGCGUCAUGACAUCUACAUGAACCCGGGGUUCCUCGCCACGUUCAUGGGUGGCCCACUCGGCGCGGUGCGGCUCGGGCCCGUGCCGGCGAUCGACGAGUUUGAAGGCGGUAUUCUCCAGAUUAUGGCGCCAUGGGACAUCGUACCCUUUGGCGACUGCGCCACCUUGAACCCGUCGACGGGGCUUGGGUGGCUCAUGCAAAUGGCAGGAUUCGUAACCAUGUUCUGGAAGAGCGAUGCGCUCAUGCUCACCAACUCCAUCGUGCUCUGGCUCAUGACGCUCUACUUGGUGCUGCUCCAAGUGCUCUUCCUCCGACAUAGCGUCAUCUGCAGCGUGCCCGUGUACAUGGCCAAGAACGUGGUCGGUCUUGUGAUCCUCUUUGUGGGUUUCUGGGGCAACACCAACCUCCAGACGCUCACAACGUAUUUGCACCAGACGCCGAGCUUCAACUUGGGCUACUACAUCUACUGUGGUCCGGCACAACUGGCGUCGAUCGUUGGUAUCAUGACGGGCACGUUGAUUCAGAUGUGGUUCAACCCGCGCCUCGUGACCCAGACGUGGCUCCUUCUAGUGUUCAGUCUGGUCAACUGGUUUCUGGUGUUUGCGCUCGAGGCAUUCGUGUUUCCAGGCAUGAGCAGCUCGGUGCCAGGACCGUGUGGGCUGGCCACGUCGACCGGCUGCCUCCAAUGCACCGCCAUCAAACGCAACUACUAUCUCUCCGCUGUCGCCUCGAGCGGCGUCGUUCUCGUUGCCAUCGGCUGCGUCUACCUCGUCUCGCUCAAGCAGCGCAAGACGAGCCAAGUGGUGCCGUCAGCGCACUCUGUGCUGACGUACCUCCGAGUCCCCGACUUGCGAUCGACCGUGACGUCGCUCGAAGGAUGCCUCCAGCGCAACAAUGCAGUGUCCGACGACGUUGGCAUCGACGCUGGCAUCCUCCUCGCGAAGAACAUGCUCCAGGUUUCCGACGCGGUGCUCACGCGCACGUCCAACGUCCAGUACGAGCUCAUCUACCGCUUGAUCCCGACAGCCUUUCUCAAGCGAUUCUACAGCUCGACCGUCGGGUCAAUGCUCGUGGUGCACAUUGAAAAGCGCGCGCUGACCCACGUCUCGAGCUACAAGUACCUCCACGAGAUGGGCAUCGGUGGCGGCGACGGCCUCUCGGGGUAUUUUGUCUAG